CAAGGAAGGCGGUCAGGCCAGAAGGACAGCACGCGACGUGUGAAGAAGGGGAGAGGCGCACACGCACUCCCGCGGAGACCAGCGGGAUCCCUCGUCGCAGAUAGGAGCCCCGGAGAGAGAGACACACAUUCGAGACACCAUGGCGGUGCCGUUCAACCUGCCGCGCGCCGACGAGGACGACUAUCAGCUCAUACAUGAGCUGCUCAUGACGGUGCAGCGCGCCGUCUACCAGAUAAUCUUCCGCAGGAGGAGCGCCCCUCAGCAUCAGCCGCCACCUCCGAACCCACAACCUAGGCUCGGGAGGGGCGGCUGCCCCCACUGCGGUUGCGGCGGAGGCGGAGACGACGACGACCGCGGCAGCCCCCCGGGCGCCGUCCCCGGGGGCGGCGGGGCCCCAGCCGCCCCCGCCGGGGGCGAGGACGACGGGGACCCCUCCAGCGACGCCCGCCGCCUGCCCGACGUGGUGCCGCCGCCGCCGCCCCGCCGCCCCCGGCGAGCCCGGCGCCGCCGCCCGCCGCCCCCGGCGCCGCCGCCGCUCCGCAGCAAGUACUGGGAGGCGGUCGGCGAGGACCUGCGCCGCAUCGCAGACGAGUUCCGCCCCACGGCGCCGAAGGACCUGCUCGGCCGCCCGCCCGCGCGCAUAAAGGACACGAACGUGCUGGCGCUGCUGUUCCCCAAGACGGUGUGGGCGGCGCUGAUCCUGCUGGCGGGCUGGAAGCUGGCGAGGAAGGUGCGGUGAAGCGCGCUCCGGGCUGCGGCCGCUUCGCCCGUGCUCCUCGUCAGGGCGCGCGCGGCUCACUCGAGUCACGAACCAACUCACGAAACUGGAGGACUCAACUAGAAAUUCACUGAAAAUUACUUCCCUGUGUGCUGGAGGUCACCAAACUUUCAUUUCCAGCAGUAUUUUGCAAACAUUUAAAUAGUUGGGAGACUGUUUUCUAAAAUAACUUAGAAAUUAACUCUGAAAUUUUUUUUAGUUUUCCAACUAGAAAUUCGGCUCGGCCCUGUGAAUAGCAGAUUUAUUUUGUAUUAUGUCUUAUUUUGCCUGUUACUUGUAAUAACGCUGUGAUACAAAAAUGUUCCAGGAAAAUAUUAUUAAAUGGUUAUAAAAAUAUCCUGAAAUUGGUUCUCCAGGUAUUUGUAGACACCCUGUGCGAAUUUGGGGGGGGG